AUUUGCCUUUUCUCUAACCCAAAACCCUAGUUUUCUCACUUCCCUGCACGCACAGAUCAAAGAGCACGAUGGCCGCUGCAGCUGCCCGUCCUCUUGUCUCCGUACAAUCCCUCCCUUCCUUAAAUGAUAUGGCAACGGAUUCCGCUUCCACCGUUCCCCUUCCCGAUGUUAUGAAGUCCUCAAUUCGACCUGACAUCGUUAACUUCGUCCACUCCAACAUAUCCAAGAACAGCCGCCAACCAUAUGCAGUGUCCAGACGCGCCGGACACCAAACCUCUGCCGAGUCCUGGGGUACUGGACGUGCUGUCUCCCGUAUUCCCCGUGUUCCUGGUGGUGGUACUCACCGUGCGGGCCAGGGUGCUUUUGGAAACAUGUGUCGUGGUGGACGCAUGUUUGCACCUACUAAGAUCUGGCGCCGCUGGCACCGUAAGAUUAAUGUGAAUCAGAAGAGGUACGCGGUCGUUUCAGCUAUUGCUGCUUCAGCUAUCCCUGCUUUGGUUAUGGCUCGUGGCCAUAAGGUUGAAUCGGUCCCGGAGAUGCCACUUGUCAUUUCUGAUUCAGUGGAGAGCGUUGAGAAAACAUCUGGCGCCAUCAAGGUGCUUAAGGAGAUUGGAGCUUUUCCUGACGCUGAAAAGGCUAAGGAUAGUCAUGCGAUCCGGCCUGGUAAAGGUAAAAUGAGGAACCGGCGGUACAUUUCCCGCAAGGGUCCCCUGAUUGUCUAUGGGACCGAGGGAGCCAAGCUUGUCAAGGCUUUUAGGAACAUUCCAGGAGUUGAGGUGGCGAAUGUAGACCGCUUAAAUCUGUUGAAGUUGGCACCUGGUGGCCAUCUUGGGCGUUUUGUUAUUUGGACCAAGUCUGCUUUCGAGAAGCUGGACUCGAUCUAUGGCUCUUUUGAGAAACCCUCAGAUAAGAAGAAGGGUUAUGUGCUCCCCAGAUCUAAGAUGGUUAAUGCUGAUCUGGCUAGAAUCAUCAACUCUGAUGAGGUGCAGUCAACGGUGAAGCCUAUCAAAGAAGGGGUUAAGAGAGCUCCUCUUAAGAAGAAUCCCCUUAAGAACUUAAACUCAAUGUUGAAGCUCAAUCCGUAUGCUAAGACAGCUAGGAGGAUGUCCCUUUUGGCUGAGGCCCAACGCGUCAAGUCUAAGAAGGAGAAGCUGGAGAAGAAGAGGAAACCAGUCACCAAGGAGGAGGCCGCUGCAAUCAAGGCAGCAGGCAAGGCAUGGUACCAGACCAUGAUUUCGGACAGUGACUACACUGAAUUCGAGAACUUCUCCAAGUGGCUGAAUGUUAGCCAGUAAUUUAUUUUUCUGCAUUACAAGUCGAGGAACAGAUUUUGUUUGUUAUGAUUUUCAAUUUCUUUUGUUAUGUUAUGAAUUUGGACAUGGUUAUGGAUAGGUGGGAAGGAAUGGAGGGGUAUGAUUGCAUUUUCAACUUUCUGUUCUCCUUCCUGCCAUCUUGUCUUGUUUGGUUAGGUAAAAGAUUCACAUUUGAGGUAAACACUGAGAUUAAAAAAUUUUCCCUCUUUACUUGGUUGUGAUGGUAUAUUA